UGUCAAAACUUUUAUUUUUGCUAGAACGCUUGUUAACUGCGUCACCUUCUUCGACUUGCAAUUUUCGAAACCCUAAUUCCCAUGGGUAGACUCGCCUCCGCCGUUGAAAUCUCCGACGAAAGGCAUCGCAGCUACGGGAACGGUGACGACGGCCGUUACUCCCCUCAACGCCACCGCUAUCGAAGCCGUAGCCGUAGCCCUAUCAGAAACCGAAAUCGUAGCCGAAGCCGAAGUCUCAGAGGGAGCCGUUGCCGCAGUCGUAGUCCGGCAUAUAGUCCCUAUAGAGGCCAGCAACCUAACGGCCGAAAUGGUCGGCGAUCAUAUUCUCCUGAUCGUUCGUACCGUAGACCGAGUUCUACAAAUGAGCCGCCUAGAAGAUUCGGACGUGGUAAGAAACCCUACCUCGAUAGAGAUUAUAGGAAUGGAAAAAUUGCAGAUUCAGAUUCGGAUGAAGAGCUUAAAGCUAAAGGCUUGAAUUUUGAAGAGUACCGAAGGCUAAAGCGUCAGAAAUUGAGGAAACAGUUGAAGAAUUGUAUUUGGAAUUGCACACCUAGUCCACCUAGGAAUGAAAAUGAACCAGAGUACGAUGAACCUGAUGAAAUUGUAGAAAAAAGUGUAGAUGAGAAGGUAAAGAAAACUGAUGAAUCCAAAAAAGAUUUGAAAUUUAGCAAAUCUGAAUCGGAGGCCUCAGAUUCUGAUUCAGAGGCUUCAGAUUCCGAAUCCUCGGAGGAUUUGGAAUCCAGGAAAUCUAGGAAGAGGAAGAAAUUGAGGUCUAGACGUAGAAGUAGGAGAUCGAGAAGGGAGAGUGAGAGUCAGAGUGAAUCGGAGGAAGAGUCGAGCGAUGAUUCAGAAGAAGAAGAGAGGAGAAUACGAAGGAAGAAGUCGUGGAGAAAGCAAAGUAGUAGAAGGAGAGAUAAAAGGGGUAAGAAGAAAAGAAGCAAAAGAAAAAGCUAUUCAGAUGAGAGUGAGAGUAAGAGCCAAAGCCAAGAGAGUGAUAGUGAUGAUUCUGAUGCUAGUAAGAAGCAAAAGCGCGAUUUGAAGAGUAAGAAAAAGAAGGAUGAUGGGGAUAGUGACAUACCAGAAAAGAGCUUGGAAUUGGAUGGGGAUGCUAGAAUUAAUGAGAAGGCCGAUGAAACAACGAUAGAUGAAGUUGAUAGUGAGUUGCUUGAAUUCAAAGAACUGAUUGAGGCAAGAAAAAAGAGUAAUUUGGAUAAUGAGCCGCAAGUUGGUCCAAUGCCAUUACCCAGGGCUGAAGGGCAUAUAAGCUAUGGUGGGGCACUUAGGCCUGGUGAAGGUGAUGCUAUUGCCCAAUAUGUUCAGCAAGGGAAGCGUAUUCCGCGUAGAGGUGAAGUGGGUCUUUCAGCUGAUGAGAUUUCGAAAUUUGAGGGUCUUGGGUAUGUGAUGAGUGGUAGUAGGCAUCAAAGGAUGAAUGCUAUUCGUAUUAGAAAAGAAAACCAAGUUUACAGCGCUGAAGACAAGCGAGCCUUGGCCAUGUUUAACUAUGAGGAGAAGGCUAAGCGUGAACAGAAGGUUAUGGCUGAUUUGCAGCGCCUUGUGCAACGCCAUAUUGGUCAGGAUACCGGUCCAUCUCACGAUCCGUUUGGAGGGAAGUCUGAAGAGGGUGCUGAUGCUUGAUCCUUUUGUAUGUUGUUUUACUUUAAUUUUGGUGUUACUGCUGUUACAUGUAGAAAUUAGGUUGUUUAAUAGAAAAUGGAGACAUAAAAGUUUUAUAAUUACUUCUGUGUAAGCUGAUAAUGUUUGGUUUUUACUAAAUGCUGUUUCACUGGUUUGUAGUUUAAUGUGAUUAGAGUAGAUCUGAGCUUGCUGAAAUUCGUUAUGCUUUCUUA